CGGCUCCCAAACGCUAACGAAGGGCGGAGGGGAGGGGCAGGCGGCGCUCGGGAGGGAGGCACCGGGCCGCAGGCCAAGCCGAACAGGGGUCACAGUUUGGGUUUGCAGACAAAAUGCUUUCAGAACAAACAGCAGCCCUGGGGGCCGGAUGGGAGUCAAUGAAUGUCCAUUUCGAUGGAGCAGAGCCCCAGGUGGGAAGGAGAAGCCAGGAAGAGGGGCCAUGGAGAACAGCACCAAGGCCACUGGAACAUCUGUGCUGUGACCUUGAAGAGGAGCCACAAUCCCUUCGGGAAAAGGCUCAGUCAGUUCCUUGGGUCCCUACCAUUCCCCAGGAGGGGAACACCGGAGACUGGGAGAUGGCAGCUGCAUUGCUUGCGGCUGGAUCACAGGGCCUGGUAACCAUUAAGGAUGUGUCGCUGUGCUUCUCACAGGAGGAGUGGCGGAGCCUGGACCCCUCUCAGACAGACUUUUAUGGAGAAUAUGUCAUGCAGGAAAACUGUGGGAUAGUGGUCUCUCUGAGAUUUCCAAUUCCCAAACUGGACAUGCUUUCUCAACUAGACAAUGGGGAAGAACAAUGGGUCCCUGACCCCCAGGACUUGGAAGACAGGGACAUCCUGAGGGUCACAUAUACAGGAGAUGGAAGUGAGCACGAGGGAGAUACCCCCGAACUAGAAGCAGAACCCCCCAGAAUGUUAUCCAGUGUGUCCGAAGAUACUGUUCUCUGGAAUCCAGAGCAGAAUGAGAGCUGGGGUCCCGUGCCCAGGAGCUCCAGAGGAAUGCUCCUGGGCCCACCUUUUCUUCAGGAAGAUAGUUUCUCCAACCUUCUGUGUAACACAGAGAUGGAUUCCCUUUUAAGACCCCACACAUGCCCUCAGUGUGGGAAACAAUUUGUGUGGGGCUCUCACCUUACCAGGCACCAGCAAACCCACACUGGGGAAAGGCCCUACAGCUGCCUUAAGUGUGAGAAGAGCUUUGGGCGAAGACAUCACCUGAUUCGCCACCAGAAAACUCACCUACAUGACAAGCCCAGCAGGUGCUCUGAGUGUGGCAAGAAUUUCCGAUGCAACUCCCAUCUGGCCAGCCACCAGAGAGUGCAUGCGGAAGGCAGAUCUUGCAUGCCUCAAGAGGCUGGGGAUAGCCUCGAUGCUAGGAAACACCAGCACACUCCACCAGUGCCAAAGUGCCAUGUAUGCACUGAGUGUGGGAAGAGCUUUGGCCGAAGGCACCACCUGGUGAGACACUGGCUGACCCAUACUGGGGAGAAGCCUUUCCAGUGCCCUCGCUGUGAGAAGAGUUUUGGCCGCAAACAUCACCUGGACAGGCAUCUGCUGACCCACCAGGGACAAAGCCCCCGGAGCAGCUGGGACAGAGGGACAUCUGUCUUUUGAAAUCUGUUUCUUUGCAGCUGUGGUCAAACCUAUCAGCUGGUGCUAUCAGGAGUCUCUGCCAGGGCUGCCUCUCUCCUGUACCCCAAUGACCAGAAUCACGAGCCCCAGCCCCAUCUCUAGAAAAAUGAGGUCCCAGCAUUGGGCAGAGCAUUUCUUACCAGUUCUGUGAGACACCACACACACCACACAAAAAUAGGGUUCUUUGGACAAAAAACUUGGGAAACAGUGCAUACUACAUGGGCUAAUAUUUAGCCUGACCCCAUUUACAGGGGUACAGUGGUACCAGCAGUUUGUGGUGAGGUCCAUUUUGAUUGGAGCCCGUGCCAUACCAGUUGUUAAAUACUCCCGAGUAUCACUGUUGUGUGCUAUAACUAUUAUGUAUUUUUUUCUCACACAUA